AUGGCAUCCAUUGGUUCAAUCAAAUCGCUUACAGCUGCAGAUAAACUUCUCGACCUUCUUGCACAAUUAGAUAAUGUUGGUUCUCCUUCACCACCUUCUCAUUGUUCAAGUUCAUCUAAAGUAUCUAGUGAUGCACCGAAAUCAAGUGAACUCUAUUUUCUUGUACAAGCAGCUGAUCAGUUAAGCCAUUGGCUUAAAGAUGAAAAUGAUGGAUUACGUGAUGAUAAUACAAAACUUCGAUUAAAUGUCAUUACUUUAAUUGAAGAAAAUAAUCGAUUACAUGAGGAAAUUCAAAGUACAUUUGUAUCCAGUAUGCUUCGUUUAAUUAGCAUAGAUGAUGAACGACCGAUGACAGAUAAAGAAUCACAAAUAGUCGAUCUUUAUACAAAAAAGAUACGUAGUCUAGAAGUUGAAUUGAACGAUACUAAAGAAAAAUUAAAUAUGUAUGAAACUUCUUGGCAUACACCAAAUGAUCAAAUGAAUUGUCUCACAUGUGGAGCUCUUCUUCCAUUUCGUCAACAUGUUAAUGAACAUGAGGAAAAAUUUGCUAACACUAUCAUAGAAAGUGAAACUAAUAAACGCAAAUUACAACAAAUUCAAGUAAACCUUGAACAAAUUGAAGCUAAAGAACAACAAACAUUAACUAAAUUACAAGGAUCUCUUGCCAUGGUUGAGCAAAAUAAAUUUGAAAAAGCAGAAGCUAUUGUUGAACGUGAUCAAAUUAAAAUCGAACUUGUUGAAACUCAAAAGAGACUAAAAAAAUUCAUAGAUGAAAUGGAUGAAAAAAUUACUAAAGAAAAACAAAAUAUUGAAGCAAUAUAUCAAGAUCGAUCAAAAGAAAAUGCUGAAAAAAUAAGACAAAUCGAAGAAAAAUGUACACAAUAUGAAUUAACAAUUGAUCGAUUAACUCGAGAAAAAAUUUCAUUAACAGCUGAUAUAGAUGUAUGGAAGGAAAAUUUUCAACGACAAGAAAUUGAUUUAAGUCAAGUGAAUGAUUUUACAUUAGUCCUAUGUCUAAUAUUAAUACAACGAAUUGUUUUUCUUUUUCAGACGACAGAUUCUAUUAAACUUACAAUUCAAAAAGCAAUGCGUGAACGUGAUCAAGCUAAUAGUAAUACAAUGCAAAUUCGAUCAGACUUUGAGAAAUUACUAUUACAAAGUAAUCAGGAUUUACUUCAACUUCGUCAUCAACUUGGUUCAACACAAAAUCGUCUUAAUGAUACUGAAAGUGAAUUACUUCAAUCCAAAAAACAAUGUCUGGAUUUAACAGAAGAAAUAAAUCGUCUAACACGAGUGAACAUUAUGUUACAAAAUGUUAAACAAGGUCUUGAACGAUCACGUGAAGAAAAUAUGAAUGCAAUUCUUGUUAUAUUGAAUAAAAAUGAACACGAUUAUCGAACAAUAAUUGAAAAUCUUGAACUCGAACGACAUCAAUCAUUAUUUUAUCUUGAAAAUCUUGUUCAUAAUCAAAAUACAAUAUUAAAUAAAUUACGUUUAUAUUCAAGACAAUUAACAAAUGAAAUUGAAAUAAUACUUGAACAAAAAACUGAAAUUAUUCAAGAAAUAACAAUUGAAAAUCAAGAAUUACGUAUGAAAUUAUUAAAUGCAUAUGAACGUCUUGAACAAAUAGAUACACAAUUAUUACAGCAUAAUGAUACACAUAUUAAAUUACAACAACGAAUUAUUGAUUUAAAUAAUCAAGUUAAAACCCAUGAAAAUAUUGUAUGUAAAUUUUAA